AUGGUUCGCGUUAAAAAUAGAUAUAUCGUAGUUCGGAUUAUUCCCAAGAACACAAAUCUCAACGUGCUGUAUCUCAAAGAACAAGUGUUGGCCAAGUGUGUACUGUCCCAUGUAGAAAAAUAUUACGGUGUAUAUGGUGUCGGACUAUUGGAGCAUGGCUUUCGUGUUAAGUACUGUAAUGAAAGAACGAAAAUAGCAAUACUAAGAUGUUCACAUCAUGCUUAUAGAUUUGUUACCAGUAUAUUACCACUACUCACAAGUGUUGGUGAUGUCCCUGCUAAGUUCAAUACUAUUUAUACUGGCGCAACUAUAAUGCAAUGUAAUAAAUUUAUUAUUAAACAUCAGCAAACAUAUUUGGAUCGCAUGGUUGGACAAGUUGUUUCAGCCAAAGAACGACAGGAAAUGAUCAAAAGAGUCAUGGAGUUCGAUAUAAGUUAGAAA